CCUUUUACUUUUCUAUCUAUUCGAUCCCAAACCCACCUGGGUUUUUGAUUCGAUAUUAUCUUUCACCGUACUCAUCGAACUUUGGACCCUUUUUCGACUCCGCCUGAGAAUGAGCCGGAAGCUCGCCCCCGAAGCCAAUCGGAUUCUCUUUGUCAAGAACCUCAACUACAACGUGACUGCAGAGCAACUAUUUGACCUUUUCGGGAAAUUUGGCCCAAUCCGACAAAUACGUCAAGGAAUCGCGAACAACUCCAAGGGCACCGCAUUUGUAGUAUACGAAGACGUUCACGACGCCAAACAGGCAUGCGAUAAGCUCAAUGGAUUCAAUUUCCAGAACAGAUAUCUUGUUGUCCUAUAUCACCAGCCGGAGAAAAUGCUUAGGUCGAAAGAGGACUUGGCGGAAAGGCAAGAGAAUUUGGAACGUCUCAAAAAGCAGCAUGGUAUAGAAUGACGUGACGAUUUCUUUUUUUCUCUCGCUUUCUCGACGUGUCCUUUGCGCUCCGUGCAAGACAUUGGGAUGCGUGUUAUCUUUGGCUGGCUGCGGGGUUUUUGGCGUUUUUUUUUUUUCUAACUCCUAUGGGUUUCAUGGCUCUUGUUCAUGGGUUUUGAGGGUGGUGGGUAGGUAGAAUGACACUUUUCUCUGGCUUUUCGCUCUAGGGACAGGAUGGGAUAUCUUUCAGGCUGGGAUCAGUUCUGUUAUACCGCUCAGUUUCCAUUAUCAAUAUAAUCACAUCGACCGCCCGCCAUUGAAGUGGUGCGGCAAACCUAUGAG